AUGGUGAACUCUACGGGACAACAAGGGCUAGGACAGGGUGGUGGUGGUGGAGUGGGUGGUGAAGGAGAUGGCGGAGUUGAUGAUGGUGAUGGAGGUGGGGCAGAGGGUGAGGGUGAAGGUGAUGGAGGUGGGGGUGAGGGAGGUGAAGGUGAUGGAGUAGGAGAAGGGGGUGAGGGUAAAGGUGGUGGAGGUGAUGAAGAUGGAGGAGUGGGCGAUGGUGGUGUCACCAUUGCACAACAACAUUGGCAUAAAAAUCGAUCGGUAUCUGUUGGAGGAGGAGGUGAUGGGGAUGGAGGUGGUGUUGAAGGUGGACUUGGUGGUGGUAGCAAUGGUGAUGGAGGUGGGGGUGAGAGUGUGGGUGAAGGCGGUGAAGGUGAUGGAGAGGGAGAAGGUGGCGAGGGUAAAGGUGGUGGAGGUGAUGAAGAUGGAGGAGUGGGCGAGGGUGGUGUCACGGUUGCACAACAACAUUGA